UGGCAUUUCAACUAUGCAACAGCUCUGUACAAUGCCGCUUUACAACGAUUUAGAAAGAUUAAUGCAGAAAACGAGGUCAUCUUAGCUGAUCGUUUUGAUUAUAUACAGAAACAACUGCAACAAUUAGAAACGGGCCUCCUUAAGACAGCAUCUAAAGUCAACAAGGAACCCCUUAGCAAGAGCGGGGAAAGAUACAAACAUGUUUUAGGAGGUAUUCGAAAAUAUUCAAAUGAGGCAAUACAUGAUAUUCACACGAAAGACAUGUUGAUAGACUCUGUGACGUUCGAGAUGAAUGAAGAAUGCCAAAGAAGAACGAUCGAAAAAAGUAAAUGUUUCUAUGAUACUCUGACGAGCAAGAUCAUAGAAUUACACAAACUCAUGAUAGAUGACUGUAUUUCAGUUCUAGGUCGUCCCAAUUGUAGGUUUGCAAUAAUUGGCUUAGGAUCGUUGGCUCGGAAAGAGGUAACCGCAUGGUCUGACCUCGAAUCAGCAAUUUUGUAUGACCCAACUGGUAAGUCAAAUGAGGAAAUUGAGAAAUUAAAACUUGAUUUUAGAAUCCUUGUUCAUUAUUUACACCUGAAGGUUAUCAAUCUCGGUGAAACAAAGAUCAAUGCCUUGGAUAUUCCCGUUCUUUGCGAUUUCAAUAGUAAACUUCCGAAUGAUGUCAAAGAUAAUGAUUUUUAUGAUAAAAUAACCCCACAGGGUCUUUGUUUUGAUGGUUCCCUGCCAAAAGCUAGUAAAAUACCGUUCGGUAGACGAUCUACAAAACACCCAACAAAAACAGACACUUUAGAGUUGAUUAUGACCCUUGAUGAAAUGUCUGAAUGUCAGCUUGGAGAAGUCUCUCUCAGGGAAGGUUAUCAUCUCAGCGAUGUACUUUUAACAUCUACUCUGAUCACUGGGGAUGAAUCAUUGUGGAUUGAGUACAAUAAAAAAGUCCAUGAAAUACUUUCCUCUCGUUCAACCACUGACCCAAAACUGUCUGUAGGUAAACAAAGGGGAAUAAAAACGUUAGGGGAAGAUUUAAAUGCUUACCUGAACAAACCUCUUACGCCAAAGUCAUUCAAUUCACAAAUUCGAACAAAACACGAUGUUUACCGAUUUGCAACUAUAUCAAUUAACACUCUUAAGUUGUUGCAUCAUUGUACAUCUUUUUCUCCCCUUGAUAUUCUCGAUGAGUUACACGAUAAGCAAGUACUGCCCGCGAGCGCUAAAAUAGAUUUACAACUCAUGAUAUGCACGGUCAUCAACAUGCGUCAUUUAGUCUAUGGUAGAUGUGGCCAACAACGAGAAAUGGCAUCUUUCUUAACUAGACCAUCUCAUGAUGAAUUACUUGCCGCCUCUGAUCAGGUAUCAGUAAGGGAUUUCGCACCCGCUAUUUUUCGGUUUUAUGCCACUCUCAUGCCAUGGACAAUUUUUUUGGUGUAUAACUACUGUUUUAAUGAUAUUUCAACUUGGAAAUACACAUCUCACUUUAUCAAUUUGAAUCCUCAAACAACUGCAAGGAUACAAAUACAAAUGUAUAUGUUUCAAGAUGUGAUAAAUUCUCUCGAACGCCAAGAAUCCAAUGUUAUACAAAAUAAUAUGGAGAAUCAAAAAGAAUGUAUCCCACAUUUGUCACGGGGGGAUUCUGAUAAAUCGACCAAUACAGGUUUACAACACAAAGAAAAGACUUCUGCAGAGAAUUCAGAUACUUUUGCAAGGUUAGACGUACUUGGAGACGCGUAUUUUAGAAAAGGUGAGUUUAAUAAAGCGAUUCAAUAUCACAAAGAGAGUCUUGACAUGAAGAGAACAAUACAUGGUAAUCAUCCUCAUCCUAACAUAGCAUCUUCAUUGGGGAAUCUUGGUAGCGCGUACUUCAGUAAAGGUGAGUUUGAUAAAGCGAUUCAAUAUCACAAUGAGAGUCUUGCCAUAAAGAGAACAAUACAUGGUAAUCAUCCUCAUCCUAACAUAGCAUCUUCAUUGGGGAAUCUUGGUAGCGCAUACCACAUUAAAGGAGAGUUUGAUAAAGCGAUUCAAUAUCACAAAGAGAGUCUUGCAAUGGAGAGAACAAUACAUGGUAAUCAUCCUCAUCCUGAAAUAGCAUCU